AUGAAAUAUCUGCCAAAGAGUGGUCGACCCUACAAGAUUUCAGAUGAACAAUUGAAUGGUCUUGUUAAAUCUGUGAAUAAUCGGUGUGUUCUCAGUCAACGAAAGUUAGGACGACGGUUUUGGGUACAUCAUUCAACUAUUUCACGUACCUUGAGAAAAAGAACAUCGGUCGUUAUUAGAAAGCGUCGAAAAGCUCCGAAAAUGAACAGCAAAGACCAAGAAAAUCGAGCAAGAAAAGAUUGUGGAAAAAUGUAUCCGGCAACAAUGUUGGUGGCAAUGUUUUUUUAUUCGACUAAUCCAGUUACGAGUCCUCCAAACAUUAAAUUUCAAAAGAGAAAAAUAUUUGAACCAAAAUUAAUGAUUUGGAUGGCUAUGUCCUCGAAAGGGGUUUCUGAUGUGUACAUCCACAGAAGUAAGCAAGCUGUUCUUCAAACCACCUAUUUGAAAGAAUGUAUUAACAAAGGACUACUUCCUUUUAUCGAAAAGUAUCAUCAUAAUGGAAGCUAUCUCUUCUGGCCAGAUUUGGCGAGUGCUCAUUGUUCAAAUCUUGUAAAAGAACGUUUGCACGAGAAAAACGUACCAUUGGUUGCUCGUCAGGAUAAUCCUCCAAACGUUCCUCAGGCUCGUUCAAUUGAAACAGUUUGGGCUUUACUCGAACGAAAAGUAUAUGAAAAUAAUUGGGAAGCAAAAAAUUUGCAUACCAGUCACGAUAUCCAUUCAAGUGGAUAUCUAAAAUGA